CUUUGGCUUCACGUGACGCCCCAGUCAACAUGGCUGCGCCCAGGCACAGGCCACUUUGGUUCGCUCUCGCUUGCUGGGCUGUGUGGCUCCGCGCCGCCGUGUGCUUGGAGGGAGGCCAAGGCACUUGUGGCUGCAGCAGCGCCAACCGGGCGAGCGGCGAAGAAGCAGCCGCGAGGAAGUACUCCCUGGAGGCGAAUGUCGCCCAUCAGCCAAGAGGCGAGCCGGAAAGCUCGCAAUCGAAAGAGGAGGGCAGGCAGAUGGCCUCUAUUCCAGCCGGAGUGUUUACGAUGGGAACUGAUGAGCCAGCUAUACAACAAGAUGGAGAGUCACCCGCCAGGAGAGUCCACAUCGAACAUUUCUUCAUGGAUCGCUAUGAAGUCAGCAAUGCAGAAUUUGAGAAGUUUGUGAAUGCCACUGGCUACCUCACAGAGGCAGAAAGAUUUGGAGAUUCCUUUGUAUUUGAAGGUGUGUUGAGUGAACAAGUGAAGACUGGAAUUCAUCAAGCUGUGGCCAUUGCUCCUUGGUGGCUUCCUGUUAAAGGAGCUAACUGGAAGCACCCCGAGGGUCCUGAUUCUAAUAUCUCAAACAGAAUGGAUCAUCCAGUUCUUCAUGUUUCUUGGAAUGACGCUGUGGCAUUUUGCAGUUGGGCAGGAAAACGACUGCCAACGGAGGCUGAAUGGGAAUAUAGCUGUCGAGGGGGCCUUGAGAAUAGACUUUUCCCCUGGGGAAACAAGCUUCACCCAAGUGGCCGGCACUAUGCUAAUAUCUGGCAGGGAGAAUUCCCUACAAGCAACACUGGGGAAGAUGGAUACCAAGGAACUGCACCCGUAACAUCAUUCCCUCCUAAUGGUUAUGGCUUGUACAACAUUGUGGGAAAUGCCUGGGAGUGGACCUCAGAUUGGUGGGGUGUUAGGCAUUCUGCAGAUGAAACAUACAAUCCGAAAGGACCCCCAACCGGGACUGACCGAGUGAAGAAAGGAGGAUCCUAUAUGUGCCACAAGUCCUACUGCUAUAGGUAUCGAUGCACAGCCCGAAGCCAAAACACCCCUGACAGCUCUGCUUCGAACCUGGGGUUCCGCUGUGCUGCUGACACUCUGCCUGACUACUUAAAGUGACAAAGGCUGGCUGGCAGCUGUGGAGGACCGAAAGAUCUCACCCGAGGCGAGAAGCACUUAAGGAAGAGAAGGAACGUGGCUCAGAGAAGGAUGUCUUGCUUGGAAAGAUGAAAAUUGAAAUGCUGAACUUUCUGCUUUAAUGAACCUCGGCGGGGGGACGGGGACGGGCUGGA